AUGACUUCGAAUGAGAAGGAAGCUGAUAAAAGUGAGGAUGCGUCUGGUAUUGAUGAAGUUUCAACAGAAAAUACAGAUGAAAAUGACAAACUUGCUCUUACUGAAUAUAUAUCUAACCUAGAAGCAAGAAUCAAACAUAAAACAGGUCUACGAAAUCAAAACCUUAAUUGUGUCAGACCGCCAGACAACCAUUUUUCCAAACUUGAUUCCGGUUUAAAAAAAAAUACAACUUUCGUUAAGAAGCUGAAAUCUUUUAGUGCCACACAACUAGAUGCUCUUUCUAAGGAUUUAAGUACUCUCAAUCUUACGAAAUAUAUUUCUGAAGUCGCUUCCGCCAUCGCAGAAGCAAAAUUAAAGAUGUCAGAUAUAUCAGCUGCAAUCACGCUGUGUUCUACAUUGCAUCAAACAUAUUCGGAAUUUAGUUCGUUCUUUUUUGAGAACUGGCAAAAGAUACUAUCCUUCAAAGCAACUGAUAAGAUAACCAAUUCUUCAAAGUUAAGGGUGGAUUUAAGAUUUUAUGCAGAACUUAUUGCUGUUGGUAUAUUUACUAAUAAGACUGGUCUACCACUGUUGGGUAUUGUGCUCACAGUUUUAAUCAAUAUGGAUAAAGAAGAGCAUAACAAUAUUCCAAUUUUGUUAUCAUUUUGUAAACAUUGCGGUGAGGACUAUGCAGGAUUAGUUCCGAAGAAAAUUAAAGAUUCUGCUAAGAAAUUUAAUGUGACAGUACCAAGAAAUACUUUCAUACCAGCAGAGAAGCAAACAGCUGUGAGAAGUCUAUUGAAAGACUAUUUCUUAUCAUUGACAAAGCAUUUACUGGCUGAACGAGCUCAGCUUCAAGCACUGCAUGCGGCAAAUCAGAGGACCCUUCAUACUAGAGGAGAGCUAUCACAAGAACGGAAAGACCAAUUAGAACAACACCAGGCGACAUAUGACAAACUACUUGUAGGAGCUCAGAAUUUUGCUGAAGUGUUGGGUGAAGAUCUUGGUGAGGCCGGAGAACCUUUGACCUUGUCCAUGACAGUUAUUGAGACUCAGGGAACGGUAACCAUUGGUGGGAAUGAAGAGAUCAUUAUGCAAGCUGGUACUGACCCCUGGCAGGAUGAAGACACUAGAACAUUCUAUACCAGCCUUCCGGAUUUGAAAGUUUUUAUGCCGAAUUAUCAAUUGAAAGAGGCUGUGAAAAAUAAAACAGAAACUGUUACCGAAGAGAUGUUAGACGAGGAUCUCAAAGAAGAUGAGCUCAGUGACAAUGAGGAACCAGCACCUGUUGUUGCUGAUGUGGAGCAAGAAGAGGCACAACCAGCUAAUGUAUCAAAUAAAUAUGCCCUUGAUGCUUUCUUAAAUGAAUUGCCGAAUUGUAUCAAUAGAGAGUUAAUUGAUAAUGCCGCUGUAGACUUUGUUUUGAACUUGAACACAAAAAAUAAUAGAAAGAAAUUAACACGGGUCCUAUUUAGUGUGGCCAGAACAAGAUUAGAUUUAUUACCAUUUUACUCAAGAUUUGCCUCCAUACUUUAUCCAGUUUUACCUGAUGUGUGUGUUGAUUUGUGUCAAAUGCUAAAACAAGAUUUUAAGUAUCAUGUCAGGAAGAAGGAUCAAAUUAACAUUGAAUCAAAGAUCAAAGUGGUAAGAUUUAUUGGAGAACUUGUUAAAUUUGGUCUCUACUCCAAAAUGGAAGCUUUGUAUUGUCUGAAAGUUCUGUUACACGAUUUUAAACAUCAUCACAUUGAAAUGGCUUGUAACUUAUUGGAGACUUGUGGAAGAUAUUUGUACUGCAAUCCUGAUACACACCAAAGAACAAUGAUAUAUUUACAGCAGAUGAUGAGAAAAAAGACCGUAUCAGCCCUCGAUUCACGCUACGUGACCCAAAUCGAAAACGCAUUUUAUUACGUAUGUCCACCCGAAGCACCAGCGCAACCGAAAGAGGAAGAGCCUCCCAUGCAUCAGUUCAUUAGAAAAAUCCUUCACGAAGAUCUACAAAAGAGUAAUGAGGAAAAAAUUUUGAGGCUUAUGAGGAAACUUAAUUGGGAUGACCCUGAAGUGGCGGCUGUGGCAAUCCAACAUCUGGCUGGAGGAUGGAGGGUCAGGGCGAGUGCGAGAAGAGCGUUGGCUCGUCUGACAGCUGAAUUGGCUGCCUGGCAAGAAAAUGUGGCCCCCGCUGUUGUUGACACUAUACUGGAGGAAAUUAGAGUUACUAUGGAAGAUCCUCAUCCGAAGUACAAUCAGAGGCGAAUAGCUAGUGUCAGAUAUCUUGGAGAACUCUAUAAUUACAAGCUUCUGGAUUCCCGAGACGUUUUCACGGUUCUCUAUUCUUUUAUCACAUUCGGUAUAUCCAAUGAUCAUUCUAACGUCUCUCCCCUAGAUCCGUCCGAUAACGUCUUCAGAAUAAGAUUAGUUUGCGCGCUACUAGAAACUUGUGGCGCAUAUUUUAAUAGUGGAUCCAGUAAGAAACGCCUGGACUACUUUUUGGUUUUCUUCCAAAAUUACUAUUGGUUCAAAUACAGUGAUCCUUACUGGACCGAGGAGAAUAAAUUUCCGAUUUACGUCAAAUACAUAUAUCAGGAGUGUUUGAGCAGUUUGCGGCCCAAGCUGACGUUGUUUACUAGCUGGCAACAGUGUAAGGACGCUAUAGAGGAGAUAAGACAGACAUUGUACCCAGAUUUGGGUGAAGACGAACAUUUUGAGAACGAUGACCAAGGGGAGGAUAGUGUUGCUGAUGGCUUAGACACCAUCAUUGAGACGGAUGACGAAACAGAUAAUCCACACAUGCCAGAAGAAAGCUCCGACGAAGACCCCAUCACGGAAAGUGCUGGAAACGAAGAAAACGACGUACAGACAGAAGAUCUACCCAUCGAGCCGAGGCGGCCAGCUGCAAAACCUGUAGAAGAUGUGGAAUUUGAAUCGGCGUUCGAGAAGAUGGUUAUGGAAAAUAUUGCGGAAAGACAACGCGAGAACAGGCCACAGCAAAGAGAUAUAGCUGUACCAAUGACAUGUAGACAGACCACUAAAAAAACCUAUGAACAGUUACUGCAAGGUAAAGAAGGAGUAGAAUUUGUUUUGAUGGUGAGAAAGGGUAUGAAGCCACAAUACAAGUCGUUCAACGCGCCACCGGAGCUCGCGAGCAAUUUACAACAACAGGCCCUAGCAGAUAAACAAGAAAUGGAAAGAGUUAAACGUUUAACAUUAAACAUUUCUGAACGCCAAGAAGAGGAGGAAUAUAGCGCGGAGAGUGGGGGAGGUUCUGGUGGAGGUGGCAACCCCAAUAGAGGGCAGCACGUUCGACAAAAGUAUCAACACCCUAAAGGGGCACCGGAUGCAGAUCUUAUAUUUGGACCUAAGAAAUUUAAAUAA